AGGGCAGAGUUCAGCAGGGGGUAUAAGGUUGGAGUUUGGAUAAUACUGGUGGUUUGCAAGGUUGUUGCAGGCCUAGUAAAAGAAAGGGCUAGCUAAAGGAAAUGAUCGGAGGUGAGGAAGGCUGGUAUGUGCGGGGGUGUGACAACAGAAUGGGUUGUGAUUGCUUGACGAAAACAGGGGAGUGCAGUUGUGUGGAAGUUUAAGGUAAUAUUUAUCUUCUAAACUAAAGAUCUAAUAUGGACGACACUAUGAAGAAGAUACAGGAAAACUUAAUUGAGAUUGAGAUUGAAGCAGAAAAUCUCCUAUUAGCACGGCACCAGAUGGUUGAAAAUGACAGAGUGAGAAAUGGGAAUAGAGAAGCAUUGACAGCACUGAGGAAAAGGGCUCGAACAACAAAGACAAGUGUACCUUCACCUUUUGAGUCAAUAAUGAAGGAGAUUGACGGAAUGGGAUCCAACCCUUUAGUGAAAGAGGUCUGUGCUACAUGUGGCAAUCAUGACUCCACAGAAAAGACAUGGAUGAUGUUUCCUGGAACUGACAUAUUUGCCAGGAUCCCGUUUCAUGCUUCUCACACAAUCUUGGAGAAAGAUCAAGGCAGACUUGACUAUGAUGCAAAUAAGCUUCAAAGUUUUGUGAAGGAGAAAUCGUUUUUUUUAAGUGAGAAAGGUGCUCUUGCCGACAAGAUCAGUCCAGACGUUGUCAGAUCUAUGGUGACCUUAACAGACAAAGCGAAGUAAAUUUUCUUGCAAGAAAGUCAUAGUCACUUUUUCACAACAGCGGGUGCCGGGUAGUAGGAGAUUACGGCAUUUUUUCACAAUGCUGUGUGAACUACAACCACCACUGUUAUUUACUACUACAGUCUACAAACAAUCUAUUAUGUAAAUUGGCCUUGUGUAAUGUCCCAUCUCGGAGUCUAACAAGCAUUGUGUAAAUUUGGAGGUUAACAUUUUCUGUUUGCCAACUUUUCAGUUUGAUUUUCUCCGAGUAUCCUACAGAACAAUUUUCACAAUAGGCGCUUGCUCCCACUAAUCAGCAUUUAUAAAUAUUUUGCC